GCCUGUUAUCACUCUGUUCAGUGUUUCGCUUCAGCACUGCGAAUGCGCCGGGAUCCACGUCGCAGGCAUGAUGACGCCGCAGAAAGGCAGUUCUGGUUUGCCACGUCUCUCUGUGGCAGCGGCAGGUCUGAAGUGAGGUAGUAAGGCAUGGGUGCAUUUUGUUUAAAAUACUCAAAAAUAAAUAAAUAGGGGAAGUCUUUUUAAAGCCCCGCGGCCGUAAAUAAGUAUUCAUUUCGUAAAAUAAGUCAACACAAAGAACGAACAAUAGUGAAUUAAAUGCUCCUUUGCUUUUUGGACGUGUACAGUUUCAAACCACAACCAAUUUUUACACACAGCAGAUGUUUGAACGUCGUCAGCUCCAACCACUGCACAUCUAUGUAGGUCAGGCAGCACUGGGAUCAGCACUGAGUUCUCGGGGUGGCCCGUCCCGGUGUCUCCUGAAUCGGUUUGGUUCCUUGCCAUGCCUGGUGGAAGGCGGGGUCCGAGCAGGCAGCAGCUGAGCAGGUCAGCAUUGCCUUCUCUGCAGACACUGGUGGGAGGAAGCUGCAGCAACGGGACUGGCCUCAGGAACAGGAACAGUACUUCUGUCGGUCUGUCUGCCCCACCGAUCACCGCCCUCAUCACCCCUGAGCCUGUCCGCCACCGUCGUGUCCCUGAGCUCCCCCUGGACGGGAGCCUCCUCUUCGAGUUCCUGUUCUUCAUUUACCUGUUGAUUGCCCUCUUCGUCCAGUACAUAAACAUCUACAAAACUGUCUGGUGGUACCCUUAUAGCCACCCUGCUGCCUCUACCUCACUGAAUUUCCACCUAAUUGAUUACCACCUGGCAACCUUUAUUACAGUCAUGUUGGCCCGAAGAUUAGUAUGGACAAUAAUUUCGGAGGCCACCCAAACAGGACCAACAUCAGUGGUGCGCUACACAGUGUUGAUUGCAGCACGGUGUGUUCUUCUCACCUUGUGUGGCUGGGUGCUGUGCUGGACACUAGUCAACCUCUUCAGGAAUCAUUCAGUGCUCAACCUGCUCUUUCUUGGGUACCCAUUUGGUGUGUAUGUGCCGUUGUGCUGCUUCCACCAGGAGAGUCGGUCGCAGCCGCUCCCUACAGACUGCGGUUACCUGGACCAGGAGCAGCUUGAUGGCCCUCUGAUUAAAUCCAAGGACUUCCUGGCGCUCCUGAGGGAGAAUUUAAAAGAACAGUUUAAUAACCCCACGUCCAUCCCAGUGCAUUCCUGCCCUAUGUCGCCGGAUCUGAUUCGAAACGAGGUGGAGUGCCUCAAAUCAGACUUCAACAAGAGGAUUAAAGAAGUGCUUUUUAACUCCCUCUUCAGUGCCUAUUAUGUAGCCUUCCUGCCUCUCUGUUUUGUAAAAAGUACACAGUACUAUGACAUGCGGUGGUCAUGUGAGCACCUCAUCAUGGUCUGGAUAAAUGCCUUUGUCAUGUUAAUGAGUCAGUUGCUGCCUCCAAAAUACUGUAAUUUGUUGCAUAGAUCCGCAGCACAUCUCGGCAAAUGGCAGAAACUAGAACAUGGCUCUUACAGCAAUGCUCCACAACACGUCUCAGCUCACCGCUACCACCCCCGCGCUGACUUGGCAGUGGCGAAGACGAGCACACGCUGUCCUCCGAAGCGUGUGCUGUCAGCCGACCGUUUUUUUUCACACUGCAGACUCACUGUGCAGCCACCCAGAACUACAGCGUCAGAGGACAACGCAGCUUACAGGUGGUCAGAAAAUACAAUAUGGCCACAAGGUGUACUGGUGCGACACAGUCGGUGUUUAUACAAAGCUGUGGGACCUUAUAAUGUUGCAGUGCCUUCAGAUGUAUCCCAUGCCAGAUUUUAUUUUUUAUUUCACAAACCCUUAAGGAUCCUGAACAUUCUGAUUCUGAUCGAAGGCAGCGUGGUGCUUUACCAGCUCUACUCUUUGCUGCGGUCUGAAAAGUGGAACCACACUCUUUCUUUGGCUUUAAUUCUUUUUUGUAAUUAUUAUGUUUUAUUUAAACUGCUUAGGGACAGAAUAGUCCUGGGAAAAGCGUACUCUUAUCCUUUGAACAGCUUUGGAAUUAAGUCUCAUUAAACAGACAUGAGUUUGGGUGGGGUGGAGGGGAACGAGAGAGAGACCAGAAAAAAAAUCUUUUUUUUGAUACGGUUCUAUUUUUCAUGUUUAUAUCUAUUUAAAGAUAUUUUAUAUUUUGUAUACUGUUUCAAGAGUUCCAGGUCUUUGCAUUUGGAGGUGUUAUCAUUAUUUUUGAGCACUUGCCAUCACUUUUGCCAUCACAGAACAUACGCUUUGCUCAACCUUUUUAAAUGAUGAAAGUAAUUUACUGAAGUGCCAAGUCUGUCACAGCCGGACGCCAUGCUGUAGCAAUGAUUGGGAAGAAUAAAUCAAUAAAUGCAA